AAGACCACUGCAAACUCCAAUUCUUAAGGCCUGUUGCUACAAGGUUUACUCCAGUGGAACUUGCAUUUCUUGCAGAAUAUGCGAAGACAAUGAGCCCAGUUGCAAAGGCACUUGAUGUUCUUCAAGGUGAAACCAGUGUGCAGAUGGGAUGGUUGGUCCCCACCAUAACUCUACUAAGGACCAAGCUCCAGCAACUUAACAUUGCCUCCAAGUUCUGUGAGCCUUUGAUUGCUGCACUUCUUUCAGGCCUAGAAAAACGCUUCGGAGAGAUGCUUACAGAUCCAGAGCUGAUAGCCGCAGCCAUUUUAGUUCCCAAAUUUAAGACCUGCUGGACAAGUGACGAGAAUAUCCUCAAACUUGGCCUUGACUAUAUCAGAAGCCACUUGGACUGUCAGGCCGAGAAUCACAUCAGUGAGGGCUCCCAAUCAUCUGAGGAAGAGGACUUCUUUUCCUCCUUGAAGAAGACCAGCCCUCUUGAAACGACCCAGCAGUUGGAUGCGUACCUGGGGUGCCCAAGAGACACAGCAGAGGUACUGAAGUCCUUCCCAGCUGUGUGCCAGUUAUCACUUAAGCUUAAUACGGCACUCCCUGCUUCAGCAGCCUGUGAAAGACUGUUUACUGUUGCAGGGCUGAUCUUUAGGCCAAAAAGAGCACACACUGGCUCAAAGAACUUUGAGAACCAGCUGCUUUUGCGGCUGAACAAAGCCUAUUGGUAA